CGCUGCGGGCAGCGGCGCGCCCGGAGCGGCGGCACCGGCACCAGCACCGGCACCGGCUCCGGCUCCGGCGGGCAGGGCCAGCGGGGAAGGAUGUUUUCCUCGGUGAAGCCGUACGAGAACCAGCGCUACAACUCCCUGAAGAAGGAGUGUCAGAGGCGGAAGCACCUCUUUGAGGACCCUCUUUUCCCUGCCAAUGAUGACUCGCUUUUCUACAAGUCAAGGAUCCAGGGCAUCCAGUGGAAGCGACCAAAAGAAAUCUGCGAUGACCCACGUCUCUUUGUGGAUGGGAUCAGCUCCCAUGACUUACACCAGGGCCAGGUUGGGAACUGCUGGUUCGUGGCUGCCUGCUCCUCCCUGGCAUCCCGGGAGUCCCUGUGGCAGAAGGUCAUUCCAGACUGGAAGGAGCAGGAGUGGAACCCUGAGAAACCUGAGAGUUAUGCGGGGAUUUUUCACUUCCAGUUCUGGCGCUUUGGUCAAUGGCUGGAUGUGGUGAUAGAUGACCGCCUGCCCACACUCCAUAAUCAGCUCAUCUACUGCCAUUCCAACUCCAGGAACGAGUUCUGGUGUGCUUUGGUGGAGAAAGCUUAUGCCAAGUUGUCAGGCUGUUAUGAGGCCCUGGAUGGAGGCAACACAGCUGAUGCCCUGGUAGACUUUACUGGUGGGGUCUCUGAACCUAUUGACCUGACUGAAGGAGACUACACCACCGAUGAAGCCAAGCGGAACCUCCUCUUUGAGCGCGUGUUGAAGGUGCACAACCGAGGAGGCCUCAUCAGCUGCUCCAUCAAAGCUAUGUCAGCAGCAGAUAUGGAGGCCCGCCUGGCAUGUGGGCUGGUGAAGGGCCAUGCGUACGCAGUGACGGAUGUGCGGAAGGUCCGCCUAGGGCAUGGUCUGCUGUCCUUCUUCAAGUCAGAGAAGCUGGACAUGAUCCGCAUGCGCAACCCAUGGGGUGAGCGGGAGUGGAACGGCCCUUGGAGUGACACCUCUGAGGAGUGGCAGAAAAUAAGCAAAAGUGAGAGAGAGAAGAUGGGAAUGACGGUGGAAGAUGAUGGAGAGUUCUGGAUGACCUUUGAAGACUUCUGCAAAUACUUCACAGACAUCAUCAAGUGCCGUCUCAUCAACACAUCCUAUCUGAGCAUCCACAAGACCUGGGAGGAGGCAGUGCUACGUGGGGCAUGGACAAGAAGUGAAGACCCCUUGAAGAACCGCUCUGGAGGCUGCAUCAACCACAAGGACACCUUUCUGCAAAACCCACAAUACGUGUUUGAUGUUAAGAAGGCAGAAGAUGAAGUACUGAUCUCCAUCCAGCAGAAGCCAAAAAGGACCAGCCGCAAAGAGGGCAAAGGCGAGAAUUUGGCCAUAGGCUUCGAUAUCCAUAAGGUUGAGCUGAACAGGAACUAUCGGAUGCACACCCUGCAGCAGAAAGUGGCCAGCUCCAUUUACAUCAACUCCCGCAGCGUCUUCCUGAGAACAGACCUGAAGGAAGGCCGUUACGUCAUCAUCCCCACCACCUUCGACCCUGGUCACACAGGCGAGUUCCUUCUCAGGAUUUUCACAGAUGUGCCUUCAGAUUGCCGAGAACUGACGCUGGAUGAGCCUCCACACACCUGCUGGAGUGGAAUGUGUGGCUAUCCACAAGUGGUGUCGCAGAUCCACGUCCUUGGCGCAACUGGGCUCAAGAACCAGGAGACCCAAGGAGGAGCUGACCCUUAUGUGAUCAUAAAAUGUGAAGGGGAAAAGGUUCGUUCACCGGUGAAGAAAAACACAGUGGCUCCAGAAUUUGAUGUGAAAGGUCUCUUCUACCGCAAGAAGCCAGGACAACCUAUCAUUGUUCAGAUCUGGAACCACAGCUUAAUAAGUGAUGAGUUCUUGGGCCAAGUGGCACUCACGGGGGAUCCCAGUGACCGACAGUCAGUGCACACACUGCAUCUCCAGGACAAGGGGAACAGGAGAUCAAAUGAUCUUCCCGGAACGAUCGCUGUGAGGCUGCUCAGUAGUAACAUCCUCACUAAUGUCUAAAUCCUCAAGGACUCUUCUUCUAGUGCCACAUAUGUAUAUUUAUACAUAUAUAUGCAUACUCUCACACACAUAUAUAAAUAUAUACACACAGAGCAUAUAUACCACUGCAAGUGUAUAUGACCUACGCAUGCAUUGCACUCAACAGAGCCAAUCUUGUGUUUUCAAUGUUCAAAAAAAUGGUGCCUUUUGGAGGAACCAAAAUGAUUCUUUGACUUUCGUCUUCCACAGCCCACACCACCACCAUGUGUCCCGUGGGAUCGCUGUGGGCACGCUGUGUGUUCUGACAGCCGGAGCAGGAUGCCAUGGUGCUGUUUGUUUACACGGGGCUGGCAUGCACAUGCCACCACGCACACGCGUAUCCACUGCAGUUCCACCAGGCACUUCUGUGCACCCUCAAUGUGUCUACUUAAUUUUAGACUAGUGUAUGGAGAGUCAUUUCCAGUGAACCGCCAUUCAGUUGCUUAUCUGCGGAGGCAUCUCAGGAAAAGAGAUGGCCAAGUGUAAAAAUGGACUGAGGCUUUUGGACGUUUUCUGGGUACAGGUUAACACACAGCAUCUGGAAAGAAGAAGCACCAGGACAUUCCCACAGUCCCAAAUCCCCAUUAACAGGGGCAAAGCUAUCCUGCUAUUAAACAAGACUAAAGGCUCUAUCAUUUUAUGGAUCAGCUGUCUCACACAAGCCCUGUUUAGCCUGACACCUCUCUAAAGGUACAAAGCCACCAACAGACAUAGCUGGACAACAGUUCUCCAGGGUCAGUUUUUGAGUUGUGCUGGUCUUCUGCAUGUGCCUAUUGAACUGUCUUGGUGCCUGCUGUCUCCAUCGCUCCAUGCAGUCUCCAUCCCUACAGACUGAGCCCAGCCUUUUGCUGAGUGCAGGAGAGAUGCCAGAGCCCCAUUGCCGGGGUGCAUUGUCACAGGCGUAAGUCUGCUAUGGAUAUUCAGCAUUCAGAGAAGAGGAAGAGAGUGGUUCCUCUGAAGGCCAGAGCAGCAGGUCCAGGGGUUGGGGAGCUUUCUCUGACAGGACUUAAUCUUUGCUGCUGCAUACAUAUUCCAGUGCAUCAUUUCUCUGUGCCUCGCUUUCCCAAAUUCUUAUAAAAAACACUAGGAUGUUAGUUUGUGCUAAAGGAAAGAAGAGGAGCACUGCUCCCAGUGCAGCCUGAAAAUGCUGGGCAUAUUUAUGUAGUACUAGUGUCAGUGCACAUCUCUCACUUUAAUUUCUGGCCUGAGGGCCUGGAGAAUUAGCUGCAUUGGACUAGAUCCAGUCUCACAAGCACAACCCCAGUGCAUCUUCAGGGACUGAGCAGUCCUGUAUCUAGGGCCAUGCUCUGUGCCUUGUUUGCAAUGAAUACUGGGUUCAUCCUGCUUAUUCCACUGGGUGGCAGAAUCUGGCUUCUUAUAAAACCAUCCCAGAUAAGCAAAGUCACAGACCCUUGGCUGUCCUUUCAGUAGCUGGUCAAGGCAGGUUUGAAGGUGUUUUUAUUUUGUUGUUUAGGGUUUGUUUGUUUUUUUUUUCAUGUGCCUUUUGAAAUGGUGCAAGUUAAGGGAUUUUCUGUCAGAUGUAAAUGAUUUUGUAUGAAGCAAAUCUUCUGCAGUCACCUGCAUGCAAGGGGAAGGGAAUACACAUGAUGUAAUGCUUCCUGUAAACAGCUUCUUAAAAUCGGUACAAGGCAGUCUCAGUAAAUUCUUACCUAAGCAGAAUUUAUCUGCAAGGACAGGUUAAUAUGUAUGCCUUCUUUUAUCACAGAGAGCAGAGUUUCUGUCUGUCCUACUAAAUGUCAAUGUUUGUGCUGUAUAAGGCUGUUGGUUUGGGUUUUGGUUUUAAUUCCAUAAAGAUCUGCUAGGUCUGUAACGUGAUCUACAAAAUCAGGUUAGCUGCCAGUUCAAUUCUUGGUGCAUCAAGAAGUGUACAGUACAACUUAAUGGAUUUUUGCAGGUUUUCCUUUCCUCAUUUUCAGAGUUUAGAUGUUCAUCUCUGGUGGGUUUGAAUUAUGUUGUUGAUCAAAUUGCUCCUUUUCUUAGGUCUAUUUUGCAGGACGUAGAGGCAGGCAGUGGCCCACAGGAUGCUCUUUCUGCAUAUCAAUUUUUCCUGGCUUGUGUUGCGCACGUUCUGACUCCUGUUGCCAUCACUGGGACCUGGAUCAGUUUGGUAGCUUUCAGUAUUGGCUCAAAUGUACUCGGUUUGGUAAAACAAUGUCUUGACCCCUACAAAGGUCAAACCAAAUCCUUGAAUUUGGGCAGCCCUCUUAUUCAGAAUUAUUUUGAUUUAAUCCCAUUGUUGGGGGGGAGGGGGGCUAAUCACUGAAAAUAACUGGAAGCAGCACUGAUGGGCCAAAACCAAUGUCUCUGCUUUAUGGAUUGGGGACCUUGUCUUAGGAGAAGACCUCACAGGGUUGUGCUCACAGAGAGAGGUACAAGGGAAUGGGGUGCCUAAAAAUAUCUCACCUGGGAGGGAGAAGAGCUAUUUAGGUAAGACAGAACAUCGCAGGAAGGAAUGAGAAUACACCAGCCACGAAUACUUUUAAGCUGGAAGUAGACGUGUUCUCAUCCCUGGUGCAGGAAAGUUUUGAAGCUCCCUCCCAGCUCUUCCAGCUGCCUUUACAGAGGAGCUGUGGGGGCAAGGAGCAAUGUGGGAAGAUGCUGUGAUGACAGGGGACAGGGACCGAGAGCACCCUCAAUACAAGGGGUCUUGUGAGAAGUCUUACCUUGAGCAUCCCAGGUCCAUCAGGCUGUUAGUUGACCUCAGGGGAGAUUGCUAAUUCCAACUGAAGCUUUUCUUGCUUUGAGGGCAUUUAGAAGUCUCAUUCUCCCGAUUUUUUUGCAUCUAAUAGCAGGCUCAUACUGCAGCCUUUUCUUCAGUUAAUGCACAAUCUCUGGUGCCAACCCAGCUACCCAAUUUAUGAAUCUUUGGGAAAUCUGAGCCUCUGAGAGCUUUUCUCGCUAGAAAAUUGAGCUGAAAUCAACCUAAAAAGCUACUGGGACAGGGAUCAAUGAUGCACCAUCAUAGGCAGAUGGAUGUAGCAAGUACACCUGCAUUAGCCUUGUUUUCUCAGGAAAUUAGGCUAUCAAUAGCUUCAGCAAGCUAGAGGCAUUUGGCCAAGGAAUGCCCUUACUCUUGUCAAGAAGCACCGUAAGCCCCGAGGAACAGUGCUGGAGCUUACUGAGGAGGGGGCUUCCCCAAUAACUGUGCCAAUCUCCUUCCUUCCUACAGAGAAUCAAGCCAUAAUGAGAGGAAAGGCAGUUUUUUAGUAGCCCUUUUUUAUAAAAAAUAACAUAUUGUAUCAGGACCAAAAUGUCUUAAUAAUAGUUUUGUCCUUUUUUCUCCCCAUUUUUUAAAAAGGAAAACUUUAAGUUAGACUAGACACAUUCUUUUCCCCUUAAUUCCAAGAAUGUAACAAAAAUUGCCUUUGUUACAUUUUUUAUGUCUUGUUUUUAAAGCAGGUUGGGGAAGGCAACCUACCUUUGCUAAUGUUGAUGUCUUUUCUAUUUCAAUUAAGCAGACAGAAAUAUUCAAGUCUUUUUAUCUGAAGGAUGGGAGGAUCCACUUAUCACUCUUCAGUCCCCCAUGGAUGGUGUGGGACAUAUCUCUGAUUUAUUGCCUGUUUCUUUUGUUAAUUGUUUCGUUAGUCACAAAAAAAACUGUCAUUACACUCUGUUAAAUCUGUUUUGUGACAUAUGCAUGUUAAAACAGUUUAUCAAUGUCUUCAUCUCCAAAGGCACUGAAGUGUCACGCUGCACAAGAUCAGAGAGUGGUCCAAACAGAAAGCCAACACUGUACAGCUGUAAACCUCUUAUAAAUAAAUUGUGAAUAUUUUAUUCAGACUC